AUGUUGUUGUUUUGAUCCGCAGUGUUCUCGGUGGUUCCACAAAUUCGCUAGUAACUAGUAUAUAUGGUGGAUCGGUUGGAAGAUGAACUCAGAAAUACAGUUGAACUGUAAAGCGACAAUUUGAAAGAAACAUUUCACUCAGCAAGCAAUUGUUGUACAUACUGCUAUUAGUUAUUCUUCUUACUGUUAUACUUCGUGCUUUGGGACAUUGCAUAGAGAAAUAUUUCCAGACUUAACGUGAACACAGAGAGGUUCUUCAUCGGAAAACUAGUCGAAAGAUGUCUAGCAGAAAGAAAGCCCCAGCUAUUGGCAUUGACUUGGGAACAACCUACUCCUGCGUGGGUGUGUUUCAGCAUGGCAAGGUGGAGAUAAUCGCCAACGACCAAGGGAACAGGACCACCCCGAGUUAUGUGGCCUUCACAGACACGGAACGGCUGGUGGGUGAUGCAGCUAAGAACCAGGCAGCUCUAAACCCAAGCAACACGAUCUUCGACGCCAAGAGACUUAUCGGUAGGAAGUUCAAUGAUAAGACUGUUCAGAGUGACAUGAAGCAUUGGCCCUUCAAAGUCGUUGAGGUCGAUGGUAGGCCGAAAAUUCAGGCAGAGUUCAAAGGUGAAACAAAGCUCUUUGCCCCUGAAGAGAUAAGUUCAAUGGUUCUGACGAAGAUGAAAGAGACGGCGGAGGCUUUCCUAGGUCAGAAAGUCACAGAUGCUGUGAUCACAGUACCAGCGUAUUUCAACGACUCCCAGAGGCAAGCAACGAAAGAUGCUGGUGCUAUUGCUGGGAUCAAUGUCCUCCGCAUCAUCAAUGAACCCACAGCAGCAGCUUUGGCUUAUGGACUUGAUAAAGGGCACAAGGGAGAGAAGAACGUACUGAUUUUUGACCUAGGUGGUGGUACUUUUGACGUCAGCAUAUUGACCAUCGAUGAAGGGUCGAUGUUUGAAGUGAAAGCAACCGCUGGAGACACGCAUCUUGGUGGGGAGGAUUUCGACAACAGAAUGGUGGCUCACUUUGUGCAAGAAUUCAAACGCAAGCACAACAAAGACAUGAGUAACAACGCAAGGGCCAUCAGACGUCUGCGCACCGCUUGCGAACGAGCAAAGAGAACCCUAUCCAGCAGCUCUGAAGCUUCUAUUGAGAUAGACUCUCUAUUCGAUGGUGUUGACUUUUACACAAAGAUCACAAGAGCCAGAUUUGAAGAGCUGUGUGGCGACCUCUUCCGUUCAACUCUGGUGCCUGUAGAGUCAGCUCUGAGAGAUGCUAAGUUGGAUAAGGGCAAAAUCGAUGAGGUUGUUCUCGUUGGCGGUUCAACCCGAAUCCCUAAAGUUCAGAAGCUGCUGACAGACUUCUUCAAUGGAAAAGAGCUGAACAAAUCCAUCAACCCAGAUGAAGCUGUAGCUUAUGGAGCUGCGGUUCAAGCUGCCGUGCUGACUGGCGACACUAGCGACACCAUUAAAGACGUUUUGUUGGUAGAUGUUGCUCCUCUUUCACUGGGCAUAGAGACAGCUGGAGGCGUCAUGACGCCUCUGGUCAAGAGAGGCACAACCAUCCCCACCAAAACCUCCCAGAUCUUCACCACGUAUUCAGACAAUCAGCCAGGCGUAGACAUUCAGGUGUACGAAGGUGAGCGUGCUAUGACCAAAGACAACAAUCUUCUCGGUAAAUUCCACUUAACUGGCAUCCCUCCAGCGCCCAGAGGCGUGCCGCAAAUAGAGGUCACAUUCGACAUCGACGCCAACGGCAUCCUAAAUGUUAGCGCCCAAGACAAGAGCACUGGCAAAUCCAACAACAUCACCAUCAAGAAUGACAAAGGGCGUCUGAGUCAAGCUGAAAUUGACAGGAUGCUAGCAGACGCUGAGAAAUACAAGGACGAAGAUAAGAAACUGCAGGAGAGGGUCACGGCCAGAAAUCAGCUGGAGAGCUACGUCUUCGGUGUCAAACAGGCGGUGGAAGCCGCAGGAGACAAACUCUCCUCCAGUGAUAAGGACACUGUAAUGACCGCCUGUGAAACGGCUCUCAAAUGGCUGGAGAACAACUCCCUGGCUGAGAAGGAAGAGUUUGAAGACAAGUUGAAAGAGCUACAAAAGAUCAGCUCCUCCGUCAUGGCGAAACUGCAUUCUCAAGGAGCACCCUCGUCUUCGUCUGGUCAGUCCGAUGGUCAUCACAGUGGACCAACGGUUGAAGAGGUGGACUAAUAGCCUAAUCUCACAUCAUACAUGCUAGGAUUAGUUUAGUCAGGAUAGUACCAAUUUAUAAUGUGUACAAACUGUGACAUUGUAACUUAUUUUGUAUUUUUUAUAUAUAUUCUGUAAAACUUAGGUAAUAGUCAUAUACUAAUCGUAAAUUCCAUUUUUCCAAAUAAAUUUAUCAAUAUCCAUAUGUCUUUAAAAAGUACUUGUGUCAUUUUUUAAAUUUGACUGUUUCUUUUCAUCAGUCAUUUGUUAAAUAUAUUUUUACCUUACAGUUUUAACAUACAAUUAGUAUUUUAUUUGAGAGUACAGAGGAAUUGUUUUGUGAGAAAAUUAAAGAUGUGUAUAUAUGACUGUGUGUAUAGAACAAAAUGGUGAUGUAAUUGAAAUGUGCAAUAAAAAGAUGAAACUAACAA